UAAACUUCAGGCUAGAAUGAUAGUCCGUCAAACUUGGCCUGCGUCCCGAUGACGGUGCGACCCCCAAAUUCCCGCGCGUACAGGCAACGUAACCUUGGCCUACACAUUACCCUGGCGUUUCAGUUGAGUAAGUGCAUGUCCCAUGACCAAGCUGUCCAUUGAAGACGGCAUCCCAAUAUGCGCAAUGGGGUCAUGAUCAGCCAUCCAUUGCAUCUCGUGAGCAGGGUUCUCUGAGCCGAACCGGGCCGGAUCAAGGUUCUCCCAUCUCGUCAUCGUUUCUAUAUAAACCCCGCCCAUUCCCUCCCUCCGUUACGGAUCAAUUGAGUUAAGGAAAACAAGAAACACAAUGGAAGCAAUUAAGGAAAAGGUUAUGCACGCCCUCGGGCACGACAAGUCUACGGACACCACCACUACCGACACCAAGCACGAGUCCGGCACCGGUCUUUCUUCGACUGGCAAGACAGGAACUGACGUCGAAGGUGGUCGCGAUACCACUUCUACCACCACUGGUAGCGGAUCAUAUGGCGUCCCUCACGACCAAGGCCGCGAAGCCAAUGUCUCGUAUGGCGUAGCUGGUGGCAUGGGGAGUAAGACUGGGUACCGACAGCCCGUCGAAGACAUGGUUCCUGGUCAACCCACCCACCCCGUCUCUGGAUCCGGUAUCGGUCAAGGUCAGGAGCGCUACGAGCAAGGCCAGGGACAAGGCCUCGGGCAAGGACAAUCCGCCACUACUGCCUCCCGCGGCUCCGACUGGGGCUCUUCCUCCGCCACCCGCGGCAUGGAAGAACACCUUCACGGCCGCGAACGUAUCGAGACUACCCAGCGCGAACACGUCGAGCCUGGACAACCCAUGGUCGGCGGCCAGCAGCAAUCCUCCACCAGUGGUAACAUCUACGGCAGGGGUGAAGGCCAAGGUUCGGGUGAGAGUGGAGCUAGGAGGGCUGCGUGGGAAGCUGAACACCCGGGCGAGACCUACCGUGAGCAUCACGCCGAGAAACGCGCGGAGGGUGAUGCGUUGGGGCAGAGGGCUGAGAGGGCGGCUGGGGUUGAUCAGAGGGCUUUCCAGGGACAGACUGGAACCGUUGGGUAUGGAACCGGAGGUAGGGGUGGUGGGUACACUGCUGGUGACAUCCGUACUGGUGGAACUGGUAUGGGAGGUGGUUCGGGUGUUGCUGGAGGCAGUAGUGUUGCCGGGCAGGAGCCCCUUGGCCGCACUCCCGCCGGCGUCGGCAUCGUACCUCAGACUGUUAACAUUCCCGGCGACGUUGAUCUCAUUGGUCCUGACCAUGUUCACCACGGCCAGGCUCUCGAACAGCAAUUCGCCGCCGCCCUUGCUGGCUCCGGAGUUGAUAUCUCGGACCCCGCCGAGUUGGAUUUUACGCGGUUGAGUAUCAAUGAGCGUGAACGUUAUGGAAAGCACUUUGGGGAGGAGAGGUUUGGGGCUGCUGAGAGGGAUUUCCAUGCUCGCCGCGGUGGACAAGGACAAAGUGGUAUUCCAGGCGACAUCAAUGAUAUUGAUUUCGGGACGUUGAGUCACCAUGACCGCGAGCGCUACCGCCGCCAUUUUGGGGAGAGUAGGUUUGAGCAGGCUGAGCGUGAGUUCCACAAUCGUCGCGGCACGCAGUACUCUAGCAGUACCACCGGUACCCAAACCGGCCUUGGCGAGUCCCGCGAUAUCGGCGUUAGCGACGUCAAUGAACUCGCAUGAUCGCGAGCGUUACCGCCGUCAUUUUGGCGAGGAUAGGUUUACGCAGGCUGAGCGCAGCUGGCAUUCCCGCCGUGGCACACGAAGCCAGUUCCCUAGCGACACUAUGUCCAAUCAGGCCGCUACCGGUGCCAUCGGUUUUACUGACCCCAACGACAUCGAUUUCGGGAACUUGAACUCGCAGGA